UCAGGGAUACCACCGCGUCGCCACCGCUUUUAUUUCCUAUCAACCAAACAUGCAUUCGCAUUCAGGAUUCUUCGCCGGAUAGAGGCUCUCAUUGUUAAAUUGUCCAGAAAAACCUUGAGAAAAGAUAAUGGCGAGUAUUGCGGAUAUUAGUCUUUCGGCAGCCAUCAAUCUGUUGUCUGCAUUGGCAUUCCUGUUAGCCUUUGCAGUAUUGCGACUUCAGCCCUUUAAUGACCGGGUCUACUUCCCAAAAUGGUAUCUGAAGGGGAUAAGAGGCAGCCCAACAGGUUCCUCAGCGGUAAAGAAAUUUGUUAACUUGGACUUUAAGACCUACAUCAGGUUUCUGAACUGGAUGCCUGCAGCGUUGCAUAUGCCAGAACCUGAACUCAUUGAUCAUGCAGGCCUUGACUCAGCAGUGUUUAUUCGGAUAUAUCUUCUUGGGUUAAAAAUAUUUGCCCCAAUUACCCUGCUUGCUUUUAUCGUUUUGGUUCCUGUUAACUGGACAGGGAACACAUUAGAAAAACAGGGAGCUAAGAAUUUGACAUAUAGCGAUAUUGACAAGAUUUCAAUAUCAAACAUCCCAUUUGGAUCAGAUAGGUUUUGGGCGCAUAUUGCAAUGUCAUAUGUCUUCUCAUCUUGGACAUGCUAUAGUCUAUACAAGGAGUACAAGAAUGUCGCAGCAAUGAGAUUGCGAUUUUUGGCAGCUGAAAGUCGUCGUCCGGACCAAUUUACUGUCCUGGUGAGGAAUGUUCCCCCAGAUACCGAUGAAUCAGUCACUGAGCACAUCGAGCAUUUUUUUUGCGUCAACCAUCCUGAUCACUAUCUAAUGCAUCAGGUUGUUUAUAAUGCGAACAAGCUUGCAGCAAUAGUUGCACAGAAGAAGGCAUUACAGAACUGGUAUAUUUAUUACCAAAACAAAUAUGAAAGAAAUCCUUCCAGCAGGCCAACUACUCGGACAGGUUUCAUGGGUCUCUUGGGGACUAAAGUCGAUGCUAUUGAUCAUUAUACUGAAUCAAUUGAAACACUGAGCAAAGAAGAAGCGGAAGCAAGAGAAACCGUUAUAAACAAUCCGGAUGCUAUUAUGCCUGCAGCUUUUGUUUCAUUCAAAACACGAUGGGGAGCUGUUGUGUGCGCUCAAACUCAGCAAACCAGUGAUCCAACUAUUUGGCUCACAGAUUGGGCUCCAGAGCCACGGGAUGUCUUUUGGGAAAAUCUAGCAAUUCCAUAUUUUGAGCUGAACAUGAGGAGAUUGGUCAUGACCGUCGCUUUAUUUUUCCUCACAUUUUGCUUUAUGAUUCCAAUAGCAUUUGUCCAAUCGUUGGCCAACAUUGAGUCAAUUAUGAAGGUCUUACCUUUCUUGAAGCCAAUAAUCCAAGAGCCAUCUAUCAAGUCUCUCAUUCAAGGAUUUCUUCCAGGGAUAGCAUUAAAGAUAUUUCUUGCAGUGCUUCCGAAAAUUCUGAUGACGAUGUCGAAAGUGGAAGGUUUUACUUCCCUUUCAAGUUUGGAUCGGAGAUCAGCUUCCAAAUAUUACUUGUUUAUUCUCAUCAACGUAUUCCUUGGGAGUGUAAUAACAGGAACAGCAUUUCAGCAACUUCAGCAGUUUCUUAAUCAGACCUCUACAGAGUUCACAAAAACAGUUGGCAGUACAAUCCCCAUGAAAGCCACAUUUUUUAUCACAUACAUAAUGGUCGAUGGUUGGGCUGGAAUAGCUGCAGAGGUUCUCAGGUUAGUUCCGUUAAUUACUUUCCACCUGAAAAACGCAUUCUUGGUGAAGACGGAGCAAGACAGAGAGAGUGCAAUGGAUCCUGGAAGCUUGGAUUUUGCCACAUCUGAACCUCGCAUCCAGUUAUAUUUCAUGCUGGGGCAUGUGUACGCUCCAGUCACACCUUUUCUUCUCCCCUUCAUUGUAAUCUUCUUUGGUUUUGCCUACUUGAUCUUUCGGCACCAGAUUAUCAAUGUGUAUAACCAGCAAUACGAGAGUGGAGGAGCGUUUUGGCCAGAUGUCCAUGGCCGAGUAGUUAUGGGCUUGAUUAUAUCUCAAAUUCUUCUGAUGGGAUUGUUAAGUACAAGAGGUACAGAGACGUCGACGCUAGUGCUUAUUGCACAACCUAUCUUGACAUUCUGGUUUCACAGAUAUUGCAAAGGCCUCUUCGAAUCUGCAUUUGUAAAAUUUCCACUACAGGAAGCAAUGGUGAAGGAUACACUUGAACGGGCCGUUGAGCCAAACUUAAACCUGAGAGUUUACCUUCAGAAUGCUUACGUACACCCAGUUUUUAAGGACAAUGAUUUUGAAAAACCAGCAGCCGUUGAUGAUGAAGAGGAGAAUCCACUAAUUAAGACAACGAGACAUACUCGUAGGGGUAGCAAAUCUGAAAGUGAAACCGGCGGUUGCUAAGGUACAGCUGCCAUUUGAGAUUCCAAGAAAAGUUUAUGGAUUCAAGUGAUUAAGUGAAUGAGAAUCAGCUAUUUUUAGUUAAAGUUUGAGAUGCAUCAAGCAGGAUUCCCAGAACCACUUGCAUCGUAACAUCCUGUUGCUAUCCAUUGCCUUCCAAAAAUGUUAUUUGUUGUGUAAAUAUCAGUAUGUUCUAUGCUGUUGUAAUUAAUGUAGAAAAGACUAUGUUCAAUAUGUACAAUAACAGAAACAAACAUCUGGGAUGAAAAUAACUGUUUCUUUUGUGA